ACUGGAAGAAACGCCAUGGCGAAAUAUUUGCAAGGCUUGGGAAGUUGUGAUUCGCGGUCACAUAUCGUCCACUCAGCAGAGUCCAUACGAAAAGACAAACCUUUUUCUAACUUUGCCGCCUCCAGUUUAGUGUUACAGUCUUCAUCUCCCUCAUUUCUAAUCUUCAGACAAAACCCAGAGCAUCAUCACCACAAGAUGGAGGGUGGAUUGAAGCCAAUGGAUGCAGAGCAGCUCAGAGAGAAUGCUCACAAGAUGGUGGAUUUCAUAGCUGAUUACUACAAGACCAUUGAGGAAUUCCCUGUUCUCAGCCAAGUUCAGCCUGGAUAUCUCCGUGAACUUCUACCUGAUUCUGCGCCUACUCAACCCGAAUCUUUGCAACAUAUUUUUGAUGAUAUUCAGGCUAAGAUACUACCAGGGGUGACCCACUGGCAGAGCCCAAACUUCUUUGCUUAUUAUCCUUCUAAUAGCAGCAUUGCCGGAUUUUUGGGAGAGAUGCUCAGUGCUGGUCUUAACAUUGUGGGUUUUAGUUGGGUAACUUCUCCUGCAGCUACAGAGCUCGAAAUUAUUGUUCUUGAUUGGCUCGCCAAAUUGAUUAAACUUCCCGACGAGUUUCUUUCAGCAGGACAAGGUGGUGGUGUGAUACAAGGCACUGCAAGUGAAGCUGUUCUGGUUGUAAUCCUGGCUGCUCGUGAUAAGAUUUUGAGAAGGGUAGGAAAAAAUGCCCUUGAGAAGCUUGUUGUUUAUGCAUCUGAUCAAACACAUUCAGCUUUGCAGAAAGCCUGUCAGAUAGCAGGAAUCCAUCCUGAGAAUUGCAGGACGCUGAGUACCGACUCAACUACUAAUUAUGCUCUUUCGCCCAGUGUACUUAAUGAAGCAAUUUCAAAUGACAUCACCAGUGGUUUAAUUCCUUUUUUCUUAUGUGGAACAGUUGGUACUACUUCUUCAACAGCGGUUGAUCCUUUGGGAGAACUGGGAAAGAUUGCUAAGAGCAACGAAAUGUGGUUCCAUGUGGAUGCUGCAUAUGCUGGUAGUGCCUGUAUAUGUCCAGAAUACCGCCACUACAUUGAUGGUGUUGAGAAAGCAGACUCAUUUAACAUGAAUGCACACAAAUGGUUUCUCACAAACUUUGAUUGUUCGGUGCUUUGGAUCAAGGAUAGAAAUGCUUUGGUCCAGGCCCUGUCUACAAAUCCUGAGUUCCUGAAAAACAAGUCAUCUGAAGCAAACAUGGUUGUGGAUUACAAAGAUUGGCAAGUUCCACUUGGACGUCGGUUUAGAUCAUUGAAGCUAUGGAUGGUGUUACGACUUUAUGGUUUGGAGAACCUCCAGUCCUACAUAAGAAACCAUAUCAAUUUGGCCAAAAAAUUUGAAGAGCUUGUUGCUCAAGACCCUAGGUUUGAGAUUGUUACUCCAAGACUUUAUUCGUUAGUUUGUUUCCGCCUUCUGCCCCCUCAUGGAAAUGAGGCCUGUGCGAGCAAAUUGAACAAUGAACUAUUAGAUGCUGUAAAUUCAACAGGGAAGAUUUUCAUUUCUCACACGGUCCUGUCUGGUACAUACAUAUUACGUUUUGCAGUAGGAGCUCCAUUGACUGAGGAGAAGCAUGUGAAUGCAGCAUGGAAGGUUUUGCAAGAUGAGGCCUCUGCACUGCUAGCAACCUCUUUAGGAUGACCUUUCUUCCCACUACUUCUUAAGCCUUUUUUUUCUGUCGCAGUGCAAUGCCAAUUAAAACCCAUAACAUAUUUUUACAUUUAAAAAAGGCCCUUAAUCGUAAUUUUCGUACAAAGGUACAGUCA